AUGGCAUCAUUUAACGGCGACGGGAUCAAUCACGUACUUGUCGAAGUAAGCCCAGAUAUUCACAUCUGUGGUUUCUGUAAGCAGCAGUACAACAACUUUGAGGUUUUUCUUGCCCACAAGCAAAAUGGCUGCCAGAUACCCUCAACAGAUAUAUCAACCCCAAGCUCUGAACCAAGUGUCACCGAAUCUAGCACAGAGUUUGUUUUUGAAGAGGCCUUUCAAACAUCCAGAGGUGUCAAGAAAACCUUGACCAAAGCACAGAAGACACCUUCCAAAAAGUUGAAACCUGCACUAUCGCCAAAGAGGCAUAUUUGCUACUUCUCAGGUUGUACAUUCAAAACUCAGUAUGGCCAAAAAGACAUGGAAAGACAUAUCCUAACACAUACAGGCGAGAGACCAUUUGAGUGUGAACUGUGUCACAAGCGCUUCAGCAGGCGGGACAAGCUCAACCUGCACAGUCGCUCCCACACCGGUGAAAAGCCACACAAGUGUAAGUACUGCACUUACGCUGCCGCUGACAGCAGCAGUCUGAAGAAACACCUCCGUAUCCACUAUGACGAGAGACCUUUUAAGUGUCAGAUCUGUCCCUAUGCCAGUCGCAACUCCAGCCAACUCACUGUUCACCUGCGCUCCCACACAGGAGAUGCCCCAUUUCAGUGUAACCAGUGCAAUGCCAAGUUCAAGAUUAACUCCGACCUGAAGCGACACAGCCGCGUGCACUCAGGUGAAAAGCCAUUCAAAUGUGACAUGUGCGAAUACCGCUGUGCUAUGAAAGCUAACCUGAAAUCACACAUCCAGCUCAAACACAGCACAGCUGACACCUACCGCUGUGCGCAGUGUGACUUCCAGUGCGCCACCAAAGCCGAGCUACGCUACCACUCCCGUCAGCACCAACCCACUCAGCCCCUGCAGUGUUCAAAGUGCAGUUACUCUUGCUCCAGCAAGGGGGCACUAAAGAUCCAUGAACGCAUCCAUUCAGAUGAACGGCCAUUCAAGUGCGAGCACUGUUCCUUCGCCAGCAAGCAGCGCAGCAACCUGCUCAUUCACAAAAGGAAGUGCCAUGCUGAUAAACCAGACAGGGCUGUCACAGUAAAGGCUGGCAGCAAAGGUGGUGGUAGUGGUGGGGAGGAAGUGCCCAAGCCUCUCAGCUCCCGUUACCGGGCCAGACUGGAGGCGGCCCGGGCCUUCCGCUGUGACCUGUGUGAAGCUUCGUUUGUCAGGGAGGACUCAUUACGCAGCCAUAAAAGGCAACACAACACACAACAGCAAGGCAUACUGCGCGUCACAGCAGUGGCUCAACCGCAAGCUGUAGCCAAUCCCAACCCUUCAGUCCAAGCCUCUGGACAAGUCAGGGUCCCUCUAGUAACAGAACCACUUUCAUCCUAUAGCAGCACUCACCUGAAGAUCAUAGUGGCGCCCCCUUUAGGACCAGAGGGUUCAUUCGUCCAGGCUGCCGUAGACUUGCCCCAAGGAAAGGCUGGGGCAGUACUGCUUGGCGCAGAGGGACAAGACAUGCUACUCAACCCAGUGAUUCAACAGGUCAACCUCCUGACACCUGUGCAACACAUGGUGCCUCCACCAGGGGGCGCUCUGGAGCAUCAGACUGUUUUGCUGACCCACAUUGCCCCCAGUGAGGACAGCCCCGUGCACCAGACACUCCUGCAGACAACAGACGUCACUCCACAGACAACUGACAGCACCCAGACUUUCAUCAGCUCCUGCUCCGACCACCAGACAGCCGACAACAGCCACACGUUCAUCACUGCCUGCUCUGACCUGGACGGGCUCAACGCACUCAUCCAGGAAGGUGGCACCGAGGUUACUGUGGUAACUGAGGGCAACCCCGUGGUCACUGCGACAACAGAGCCCCCCUUUGGGCCACCACUGGACUGCCCAGCAUCUCAGGACAUGUCCAAGCAGGCCAGCCCGGUCGGUCCAGACCCCCAUGCCCCCUGUGACAACAGUGAUUUGGUGAUGUCUAGUUUAAGCAUGGGCCAACAAGGGGCUCUGCUUAUUCACAAUGUCCCUCUGGCCAUCUCAACCCAGGACAGACAUGCCGCUCUCGACCAGCUUUCCCCUCGCAACUUAUUCUCAGACUCCAACACAGGGGAUGGUGCUGAGGAGUGA